AUGGGAAAUUUUAAAAAUUCGAUACCUUUUAAAAUAAAAAUAGUUUUACCAAAUUUUGAUCCAGAACCAGAUGUGCCUAUAGUAAAUAAUCCAGAACAACCGGCAAAACCGGUAAAAGCAGCGAAACAAGUAGCACAAGAUGAACCAAAAGGAGAUCCAGAUGAGCCACCAGAACAAUCAAAAGAAAAUGAUCCAGAACAAGAACAACCAAAAGAAAAUGAUCCGGAACAAGAACAACCAAAAGAAAAUGAUCCGGAACAAGAACCGCAAGAACAACCAAAAGGAAAUAAUCCAGAAGAACCAAAACAACCUGAUCCAGUUGAACCUCCAAAAGGUGAUUCAAAAGGAAUUCCUGGGGAAACUCCCCCAAACAAUUCAGACGGAACUCCUGGAAACACGCCCCCAACCACAUCAGACGGAAAUCAGACCGAAACAUCACCCACACCAUUAUUUGUACCAAGACCUACCAUUAUAUCCCAAAAUAAUGCCUCGAUUAACAGAUCUUUUGGAUUUGUUGUUAUAUUACUUGUUAUUACCAACACUAUUCUUACUCAAUUCUACUAG